AGAAGGAAUGAGGGUACUUCUUCCCCUUCCCCACUGCACCUUCCCUUGAUCGCCCAUCUCUCCUCCAGGCUGCUGCAGUAGUGAAGCUGUAGACACGGCACUGUAGACACGGCAAUAUGGACUCGUCACCUCUAGCACAAGGCGAAAGCCACACCUCUGAGAAGCAGAACCCCACUACCUACUCCCAGACCUAUGCAUCUCCCGAUUCCAUCAAGCUCGAGGAGCACACGGACUCGAACCAGGUCAGGACGGAGGAUGUCCGCUCCAUUAAGUGGUGGACAGAUGAGGAGGAGACAAAAGUGAGGAGACUCUUGGACUGGAAUAUUCUGCCUUUGGUCGCUGUCAUCUAUGGCGCCUCAUUCAUCGAUCGAUCUAACGUCGGCAAUGCAGAGACGGCCGGAAUGGGUGCCGAUCUCGGCCUCACAGCUGAUCAAUAUCGCAUCGUCACCACAAUCUUCUACGUUGGGUACAUCGUCUUUCAACCGCUGCUCCUCUUCUACCUAGUGGUUCCGGCGCACCAGUGGGUCGCAGCAAUGGUCUUCAUCUGGGGGCUUUCGUCCGCUCUCCAGGCCACUGCGACCAAUCUUGCUGGUCUAUUAGUCGCUCGCUUUUGCACAGGAGUGGCUGAGGCUGGCUUCGGAACGGGAAUCGCUCUCUAUCUCGGCUUCUUCUUCCCACGUCGCGAGGUCGGUCUGCGCUUCGCGUUCUUCGUGACUUCGUCGGCUAUAGCUUCCGCGAUUGCAGGAGCGCUCGCCUACGCCCUCGUACAAGCAAAUUCGGCAAUUGCCGGCUGGAGACUCCUCUUCGUCGUGGAAGGCGCACCCUCUAUGAUCCUGUCCAUUUUUGUCUACCUCUUCCUGCCGGACAACCCUAAGCACUGUCGCUUCCUCAAUGAGCGCCAGAAGCGUAUCGCCGAUGAGCGACUCUUCAAGCCGGUCGACACACACCAAGGAGCGGUAGGAGAGCAGAGCAAGGGCGCCACUAUUCUGCACGGCAUCAAGAGCAAGUUCGACAAGAAGUCGACUAUUGCCGGUCUGACUCAUCCCGUCGGUUGGCUGACUGCACUGCUCCUGUUCUGCUGCAAUGUGGGCUACGCGUCUGUGCCCAUCUACCUUCCCAAGAUUCUGAACCAGUCAGGUUUGACUGCUCUCAAAGCCCAAGGAUACACUUGUGGCCCCUAUCUGGUCGCAUGGGCCUCAGCUCUUACACAAGUCUACCUGAGCGACCGUUUCCAGCAUCGCGCCACGUUCCUUGCAGUUGACUUCGUAAUCGGCAUCAUCGGAUACCUGCUACUCGCCUUGAAGCAAGACUUCGCUACAAGAUACGGAGCUGUCUUCCUCGUUACAUUCGGUUUGUUCAGCUGUGUCCCGCUCACGUAUACGUGGCUUAUUUCCAACGUCGCUUCGCCGCGAGCAAGAGGUAUGGGACUUUCCAUCCUCGGCGUGGUAUCGCAAUGCGGACCCCUGCUAGGUACUCUGGGCCUCUUCGUCGAGGGCGCGCCCUACUACAAGAAGGGCAUGUGGAUCUCCCUCGGCAUCCUCGCUGCCGGCCUAGCCAUCACCCUCGUAUCUGCAGUGUUCUUCGUAGUAAACAAUCACCGCAGGGAUCGAGCUGCGUACCGACGUGAGGCGGAGCACCUCGGAGACGCGACGGCUCCCGCAACGGGUAGCGUCGGAGAUAGGGAAACGACGACGGAGUUAAGACAGACAGGCACAAGCAGGUCAAGCGAGCUGCAAGACAAGGUCGUGCUGGACAAGAAUGUCGAGGAGGAGAGAGUCGAGGCGUUGCGCAGGACCAUCGAGGUGGGCCGACAGGGCGAGGACAGUCCCUUCUUCCGCUUCGUCGUCUAGACUGUUAUUGUCAUUGCAAUCAGGGAUAGCAUCAGCGGCAUCGAGUGAUGGCCUCUGUAAUAGUCAGACUUGUGAAGGACUCAAGGAUUCCGAAGUUUUACCCCUCCAUGUACACUCUCGAAUUGUCGUGUCUGCAUGUGUCCCAGUCUUCACAAGCAAUGUCCAUCGCGAACUAUGAAUCACGUCACCCUCCUGCCUGUGGCUCGUCUGUACUUUUGCUUCUACGCUAUCCUGUCUUCUGUCUUGCGAGAGCUCUCAGUGCUCUUGGUAGGCAAGGUGUCGCUGGAGUGCUACCUUAAGCCUGAGAUCUAGCCUCACAGAUCAAGCUCCGACUCGACUCCUGCAGCGAGCUUAAGCAAGGUGUCUUAUCACUAUCGACGGAAAUGCUCCUGCGAGUAGCAAGCGCGA